CAUGCGCGCGGGGUGCACUUACUAGCUUGCUGUGUGUCGACAAAAAUAGCUCACAAAAUCACGCCAUACUAAAUGUACAAAAGACUCCUCAAUGAAUUGGUUUGGAACAACAAACAACAGACGGUCCAAACGUCUGCUCACGCAAUAAAAACACCAUAACUGUGUUUUCCCUGGUAAUCUGUUGCUCCAUAUUCUACCAUUUUGUUGUGCUGAGUGGUGAGUUCUUGAAACAAAAUAGCUGUUCAGAAAUUGUGUGAAAAGUUUGGCAUCGAACGAUGACGACGUAGUAGUAGGCGGCAGCUGUUCUUUUUUCCGACGGUGAAAAAAACAGUAUUUUGAGGCCUAGGUAGUGCGCUAUGUAGGCAGAUUUUCUCAACACAACGCAGUUCGUACUGGCUUGAAACUUGAUUUCUACAAUUUGACGGCGAGAGAAAGUGAAGAGAAACCACCAUCAAUGAUUUGGAUGGAAUGAAAUGAUUACAACUGCAACCAUGACAACGACCACUGGUGGGGUUCGGUUUUCUCCUCAUACAUAUGACAAAGUGACAAAGGCAAAAGUGACGCUAGAAAACUUCUACACAAAUCUCUGGUUUCAGAAAGAGGAACGACUUAACAGACAACAGAAGCUGGAAGAGUCAAUCUCGGGUCUUUCUGAGGAAGAGAAACGAGAGAAAAGAAACCAGCAUGCCCUCAAGGAGACGGAGUUCCUUCGACUCAAGAGGUCAAGGCUUGGGGUCGAUGACUUUGAUUCAAUCAAGGUCAUAGGUCGAGGGGCAUUUGGAGAGGUGCGGCUUGUUCAGAAAAAGGACACGGGUCAUAUAUAUGCCAUGAAGAUACUCAGGAAAGCCGAUAUGCAUGAAAAGGAACAGGUUGCCCAUGUGAGAGCUGAGCGAGACAUCCUGGUUGAAGCAGAUAACUCUUGGGUUGUCAAGAUGUAUUAUUCCUUUCAAGAUCCGCACAAUCUUUACUUGAUCAUGGAGUUCUUACCAGGAGGCGACAUGAUGACGUUACUCAUGAGUAAAGAAACACUGUCUGAGGAAUGUACUCAGUUCUACGUGGCAGAAACCGUCCUAGCCAUCCAUUCCAUCCACAAAUUGAUGUUUAUUCAUCGAGACAUCAAACCUGAUAACUUACUACUCGAUUCAAAGGGUCACAUUAAGCUGUCUGAUUUUGGUCUGUGCACGGGUCUGAAGAAAGCUCAUCGAACCGACUUCUACAGAGAUCUCUCCAGAGCACAUCCUAGAGAUUUCUCGAGUAUAAAACCCAUGGACGCCAAAGAUUCCAAGAGGAAAAUGGAGAGUUGGAAGAAGAACAGAAGAGCUUUGGCGUAUUCAACAGUUGGCACCCCCGACUAUAUCGCACCCGAAGUCUUCGUUCAAACGGGUUACACUCACGUCUGUGAUUGGUGGUCGCUAGGCGUGAUUAUGUAUGAGAUGCUGAUUGGCUACCCUCCGUUCUGCUCGGAGACACCCCAGGAGACGUAUCGUAAGGUCAUGACUUGGAGAGACACACUACUGUUCCCUGAGGAGGUUCCAAUCUCUGCUGAGGCCAGGGACCUCAUUCAAAAGUUCUGUUGUGACAGCGAGCAUCGUAUCGGUCGUAAUGACAUUGAGGAGAUUAAGGCUCAUCCAUUCUUCAAGGGGGUGGACUGGGAGCACAUCCGUGAGCGACCUGCCGCUAUCCCAGUAACAGUCAAGAGUUUUGACGACACGUCUAACUUUGAUGAGUUUCCGGACAUUGAGCUCAAACCAAUCGCGCCUCCUCCUGGUGAAGGUGAAGAAAACUACAAGGACUGGGUGUUCAUCAACUACACCUUCAAGCGGUUUGAAGGACUAACCCAGAGGGGGGUGCCUCAAAGGACGCCAGCCCACAUGAUCACACGACAGCUCAUCCAGGAUAAAGGAAUGUAAGAACUAAACGGUGAACCACUACGGCCCAAUAACAUAAAGCUGUGUAGCGGUCAGUUCUGCUUGACUGGCAAAUAGACCUUAUGCACAUGACGUCAUUUCAGAAGGGCGCCCUCACCUAGAGGUCAAAAGGAGGUUGUUCAUUGG